AUGGAUAUCAAGCAGAUUGAGGCUCUGUCCUCCGUAAUCUCGUCUUCUGUUGCUCAGCUGAAGCAGCUUCAAGACUCGCUGAAGGCAACGGAGCACUCCGCGUCAAGCACCAGGGCUGAGUUUUUGAAGCCGUCCUUGGAGGUUGUCGCUGCAGCAUCACAGCUUAUUGCGCUGGUCCGUACGCCAGAGCGGUAUCUGAUGGAUAUGUCCACUGCGCACCAACUCAGCGCGUCGCUCCGCGUAGUUGUCGAGACGCACGUUGUUGAGAUAUUGCGCGAGAAGGGGAAAGGACCAAAGAAGGCGCUGAGCGCCGAGGAGAUCGGUGCCUACAACCAUGUUAACCACCUGAAACUCGCUAGAGUGCUUCGCCUGCUCGCUACGCACCAUGUCUUAGACGAGGUGUCCCCUAACGUCUUCGCCAACAAUGCCAUCUCCAGUGCGCUGGACACGGGCAAGACCCUUGCUGAACUCGAGGCCAACCCAGACGAGAAGUACGAUGGUAGCAAUGGCAUUGCCGCUCUUGUCGGGAUCUUCUCGGACGAGACCUUCCACAACGCUGUGUGCACAGCAGACGUCUUGAAGGAUCCUCAGAUGACGAACUCGUUCUCGCCCUACGAUGCAUCAUUCGCCCUGGCUUGGCCCGGCACUCGGAAUAUCGCGAUGUACGACUGGCUCAAUCUUCCCGAAAACAACCGCCGCAAGAAGCGCUUUGGUAUGGGAAUGCACGGCAUGAACAGCAUGACGCCGUCAGAUGCAAUCCUUCGUGGUUUCAACUGGGCCAGCCUUCCUCCAGGAAGUAUUGUCGUUGAUUGUGGAGGCGGUGUCGGCUCCGUAUCGCUGCCCAUUGUCCAAACGUGCCCGCAGAUCCGUCUCAUCGUUCAGGAUACCGCGCCCGUCGUCGCCGAAGGGCCUACUUUCUGGCAAGCGAACCAACCCCAGGCUCUCGCGCAAGGACGCGUGAGCUUCCAAGGGCACAACUUCUUCGAGCCUCAGCCCGCCGAAAACAAGGACAUCGCUGUGUUCUUGCUGCGGAUGAUCAUGCAUAACUGGCCCGACGCGGAGUGUAUCAAGAUCUUGAAGAACGUACGCAACAGCUGUACGAAGGACACUCGCAUUGUGAUCGUCGACAACAUCAUGCUGUUCGCGUCUCGGUCGCAGGAGAUCGAAGGGCAAGAGACCGGCACAUCUGACCCUGAUGCGCUUGCGCCUGAACCGCUGCUCGCCAACUGGGGUGUCGCAAACUCGCUCUCCUACAAGCAGGAUCUCAACAUGUUGAGCAACCACAACGCAUGCGAGCGGACAGUGCCGGAGUUUGCGUACCUCCUUUCGCAAGCGAACUUCCGCAUUGUCGAGGUGCACCAAGCGCAUCAGAGUUGGCUGCCGCAAGUAGUGGCUGUCCCUAUCUGA